UAUAAUUUAAACUACAUAGAUACGUUUUGAAACAUUUAACUUUCUUACUACAACCCAAUAUACAUGUAAGGAUGUUGUCACGCCUAGUAACCCAACUCACUGGGAAGGAUGCUGAUGAGACGUGCCUACAUACUCUUGCAUAAGCCACACGGUCAGACACACGGUAAAUAUUUGGAGGUAUUUAAGUUUUUAUUUAUUAAGAAGACGAGACUAUAGGAUUCUUUCCUUCUAUCUUCAACCACUAUUCCUCUAGCUAGAGAGCAUAAUGACUUCUAACCCAGCAACACGAACGAACUAUAAAACCGAGCCGGAUGAGUAUUUUGAACUACUCUACACAUAUGGGACCAGAUACAAGGACAGACCUCCAAUUGGAGAGUUUUCUCAUCUUCACACGAUGAAUAUACUCACUCUAUUUAAUGAAUUAUCAGGCUUAGAUGCCGAAAUGCGACAGAGUCAACGUGCUACCCCAGAGCAAGCACCUCUUCUUCGUAUACUUCUUCAUCAGUACACGAACGCUAUCAGGGACUUCAAAUACAUCAUGACUCUAAGCCCCUUAGAAGAUCACCAGAGAGAUUCUCUGGUUACUUGGAUGGAAUCCAAUUUCGAAAAAUUCGUAUUGCCUCAUGCAGAGAAUCGAUCGAGCAAUAAAGACCAACGAGAAAAUGCCAUAGGCGGCGGGGAAAACCAUCCAUUCGACACGAAGUAUCGGACACUUCGAGAUGCUCCCACGCAGAAAAAAGAUCCGCUUCGUGAUACGCUUUUACGCGUUGUUCACGGAAUUAACCCUUCACUUGCGUGGUCAACAGAAGAGAUUACCAUCAGACAUGCUGACUGGAGCGACAAAAAACCUCCAUUGCUAUAUAGUCCGUUCAUUGACAAACUUGCGCGGUUCCUCAUGGGAUUCGCUAGCGGAUGUUUCCUGGUUGUUCCUAUGAUUAUUAUGAUAUUUAAUCACUCAGUCGUCAAGAGUGUUGUGGUUGUCUGUGUGGCCGUUCCUUUGUUUGCGUUGACUCUCGCCCUGUUCUUCCAAGCUACUAACACGGAGACGUUCACUGCUACGGCAGGAUACGCUGCUGUGCUUGUCGUAUUUGUUGGGGCAAUAAACCCGUCGUGAGGUUGUUAUUGAAUCAUAGCUUUAUCACACUUCCCAAGUCCAUCGUGCAACGCUCAAUGGUUUGUUACAACAACGGGAUAGAUGGAGUUGUAUACCGACGGAUGACGGAUAGAAGUUUUUAAAAGAUGAGUAAUGGAUGAGGAUAGCCUCGCAACAAGCAAGUGUAUUACUGCUGAAUUUCAUGCGUAUCCGUGUCAUGCCUUAUGGAAAUACCUGCCUAGCUAUAUAUGGGCAAUUGAUGAGGAUAUCAGAGAAGUAUAUCAUAGAUACCUACAAAAUAUGUAAACUUAUCAAGUAGCGUUCCUUUUUGCCAAGUUCGGGGGUGCGAGAUGACACAAGAGCGACUAACAGAUCUC